GACAUAUUCAAGGAAAUACUGUAAAUUAGCGAACGAAAUUUUCGACGAUAAUUCAGGGUUAAUGAUUGCUGGACGAAUUGGACAGCUGGCAGAUUAACGCGAAACAGAGAAGAAGAGUAAUAAAUUCGUCGUCGAGAAGCGUCAUUUUGUCACGGUACUAAAGUGGUGGAAGUGCGCCGGUCACCUAGAAAAAUCCCGCCGCCGGAAGUGGCCGUGAGCACGUGCCAGAUCGUUAGCCGUUCGAAGGGAAACAUCGCGGGAACGUUCGCGUUCGAUUUUUCGAAUGGGAAAGGGCCACAAGAGAGGCGAACGGCAGAAAAAUGAUCACCGUGCCAAUGUCCUCUUCCAGUCCUUACGUGAAGGUUACGUCCUACAGCGACGCGAGCGCUAUUGGCAAAAAGCCUGCAGUUCAGCAAUUCCUAAGAGACAUGAAGGAACACUCAGCCUCGUCCCGAUUUGAAGGCAGGGAUGUACCUCAAAGAUCGCAAAGCAGCGCGGCCAGCCUGAUGUCCCUAGGUGCUGACAUAUCUCCAAGCUCUUCCCAUUUCUUUGAGGUUUUCUACGUUUAUUGCUAUAGGUGCUCAAAAAAAAUCAAGGUAUCACAGCCAAAGGUAUCGGAGGCCUUUAUCGACGAUGCACUAGUAAGGUUUCGUGUUCACGGUCUUGACAAAUCGAGACCGUCGACGGGUAAUAUCCUCGCAGAGUAUCAACGUCAAUCACUUUUAACGUCUUCCAAUAACAGAAGAAAUAGCACAGAAUCCAGUGCCAGUGAGACUGGAAGCAUCGAAAAUGUCUCUGGAAGUGGUAUUAUAUCGCCGGUUAAUCCGUUGGGCGUACCGCCGACACUCACCGGCUCCGUGGAAACGUUUCCUAAGCCACAAAACGCGAGCUCUACGGAGAAAGAGGAACGUGAAGAGAAUCGUGACGCCGCGAACAAUAAUUCCAUGCAGGUGCCGGAAGUUAUGCGAAAUCGGGCGUCCUCCACGGGCAGUGUGUUGAAUGCCAGGCGGGAUUCCAUGGCGAGAGGGGGUGAUGAACACAAUCGCACGAUGCUCUUCCAGGUAGGCCGCUAUGAUUUGAGAUUGAUCAGUCCGGAUAGGAAACAGGUGCUGCUUCACAAACAGCUCAGGGAUGUGGCGAGUUGCGUGCAGGGUGUGAAGAAUCCGGAGCACUUUGGUUUUAUUUGCAAAGAAAGUAACACAGACUACUUUAUUGGCUAUGUGUUCAAGUGCCAGUCGGAAUCCGUAGCGGAUGACCUUGUUGCUGCAAUUUCUCAAGCGUUUGUUGGAACAUCCGAAGUUCCAAGGAAAGACCGAUACUCUGUAUUUUCAUGCGAACACUGCCCCAUGUAUUGGUAUAACAAGCUCUGCCAGGAAGUCGAAGGACAGAAUGACAGGAGAACUCAGAAUAUCAUAUUUUCGCGGAUGGAAAUGCUGCCGGAGGACGAUCAGGAGAUCGUUGUUAGCAAAUACAAGAGCGUGGAGGCUGCCGGCGGUAUGGGGACUACACUGCGCGAGCAAAAUCAAUUUUUAAUGAAGCUGUUGCGCGCCCAUUGCGAAGCGAAACAGGCCAGACAUGUCCACGACACAGCUGAGAAUAGGAGUGAAUUUCUUAAUCAGUACUUAAGCGUGGGUGUAGGAAGCACAAUAUUUAUGAAAGCGAAGCGCUCUCUAACAAAUAGCUUUGAUACUCUCAUGAAGAGGAAGGGUUCGCGGGACGACCUUGGACUCGGCUCACAUCUGAGAGAUCCGAGCCACCUUAACACUGUGAUACAAAAAAGCGGUAGCCAAAGCCCUGAAAAUUCGCGACAUGCCUCUAUAGUAGACAUUUCUCCAGACUCCUCUAGUAGACCCAGAUCCUUGAGGGUUUCACCUGAACAGCAAUUAACUGUGAACACUGGACCAAAGAGUUCUAUGAUGGACAUAUUUCUAAAGGUAGGGAAUUCGCCAAAAAUGUCACCAACCGAAACGGAUGGGAGUAAUUCAGUGCAUUCAAAUAGUUCAUGGAGGCAAGCUAUACUGAAUCGAGUAGUAACCCCCAGUAAAGAUCAUGAUAAGGAAAAUGACAAAACCGGAAAUAUGGGUAUUAUCAAAGCACCUCAGACGACUCCAAAGCGCAGAACAAAACAGGAAUUAAGAGAUUUAUGGAAGAAGGCGAUCAAUCAACAAGUAAUCCUUAUAAGAAUGGAGAAGGAAAACGCGAGGCUUAGAGUACGUCAAGAGGAAGCGACUGUCAAGAGAAUAAAGUUGGAGUAUGAUGAACUUAGCAGUUGUGCCCGUGAGUUAAUGGAAGUGUGGGAUCUUCUUGUAAGCAAAGAGUCAAGAGUUUCUACGAAAUGUGAUAAUCAAAUGCUUUUACACGCUAUCAAGCAAGGUGUACCAAAAGGGAAAAGGGGAGAAGUGUGGCAAUUCUUGGCCGAACAAUUUUGCCUGAAGCAACCGCCUAUAGAAACCCGCGAUUUCCCUAAUUAUAAUACACCGUAUGAGUUACUCUUGAAACAACUUACAUCUCAGCAACAUGCAAUUUUAAUAGAUCUGGGACGAACGUUUCCAAAUCAUCCGUACUAUAGUUCACCCCUAGGCCCUGGCCAAUUAGCCUUGUUCAAUUUGUUGAAAGCGUAUUCACUUUUGGAUCAUGAAGUCGGUUAUUGUCAAGGACUCAGUUUUGUCGCUGGCGUCCUUCUUUUACACAUGUCGGAAGAUCAGGCGUUUUUUCUUCUGCGACACUUAAUGUUUCGAAGGGGCCUGAGAAAAUUAUAUCUUCCCGACAUGGCGGCAUUACAAUUGUACCUGUAUCAAUUAUCCAGGCUGUUGCACGAUAGGUUACCAGCGAUCUAUAAUCAUUUUGACAAACAUGAGGUUUCGCCUACGCUAUACGCUGCGCCAUGGCUGUUAACCUUGUUCGCCAGUCAAUUUCCACUGGGUUUUGUGACCAGAGUUUUUGAUUUGCUUUUCCUGGAAAGUACAGAGGUUCUUUUCCGUGUAUCUAUGGCAUUGUUAGAAGAACAUCAAGAUCAAUUGUUAACGUGCGACAGUUUCGAGGAAAUUAUGGAAUAUCUCAAGACGCGCGUACCAGCUGUAGAUAGGGACAUACUGGAUCGAGUAAUGAAACGUGUAUUUUAUCCGGAUCAAGAGAUUACGAAACAAUUGAAUGAAUAUAGAGUAGAAUACCAAGUCUUACAAGAGGAAAUGAUGUCAGUAAAGCCACAAAUCGAGACUUUGGAGAAGUUCAAAGUGCUUAACAAGCAACUUACGCAAGAAGUGUCGCAACUCACUGAACAACUUGAAAUGACUAUGAGCAAUCUACAUCGUCUGGAGACGGCACGAUCUGUGCAGCAAUCGACUCUGCUCAAACUCGAGUCCCAAAAUCGCAGUCUGGAAGUAACUGUCACCACGUUGGGCGCGUUUAUUCAACAGCUGUCCGAAACUCGUCCAGAUAUUGAAUUUCCCGGCGAUAUUCGCCGAAUCAUUGCUCAGUUAAGUCUAGCCGAGAAACGAAGGAACGCUUCCAGUAGAUCUUACCCUCUGAAAGUGAUCGAAGACAAUAUCAAAAUGGGAAUGAUAAAGAGUAACUCCACGGGUAGAGAAUCUCACAACUUCUUGAAGAACAACAACACCACCGUAGAGCCUCCUUAUCCACUAAAAUCCACGCUGAGUCAACCCAAUUUAGCUACCAAGUUUGAGAGAGUCUCGUCGUUCUUCUCGAACUCGCACAAUCACAUCCAGAAGCAACGAGCACAAUUGGCCGCUCUCAGGAACGAGUAUGUGAACGAGCAAGUGAACGAGCAAACUGUUAGAAACGACGAAAACGACGCGAAAACGGUAAACAUAGAUAUUCAGAUCACCGACGACGCUAUGAACUCGACAAAUGAGGAGGUGGUACAGAACGAUAAUCAUCUAAAAAUCCAGGCGGUCAAUUUAGAAAAAUCGGUUUCGUUACCGUUGAACGCGAAGAUGAAGCUUAAGUCGUCGAAGUCAGCGUACGAAUUGGGUUCCGUUACGAAAAUACCAACUACUAAACUGGAAGUCACGAACGAUGACAAUGGGUCAAAUUUAAGCGGAGCUAUGCACCCACUGGAUACUUGCAGCGAUGUGAAUUUCAGAUAUGGCGGAACGACCAAGUUGAAGUCCAUUAAAUCGAUCAGGUUUUCAAGUCCAAGCGGCCAAGAGGAAGGCUUGAGCAAGAGCGCUCAGAGCCAGAACAUGGAGACGUUGAACAGAUAACAAUUGCUGACGAUGUUCCGCUCAAGGAAGAUACCUUGGAAGGUAACUAAUUUGAGGAAAGUCUAUCCGAAAAGCUAACCGUUAGCGAAACACUGUAUCAUAAUCCCACGGUUUACCUCCACGUUUUCGUACAUGCGUCGUUCUCUCUUGUAUACAACCACUUUUUGAUACGAUGAUGAUCGAUUUUCACUUUUUAAGAAACGUCCGUCGUUUACAUGAGCGAAUCGUCGAUCGAGACUCACACUUCCCUUUUACGAUACUUAUACCAAUGAUUUUAAUACCAUACAAUGAGCAACGGAAGAGAAGUAAAAAUAACAAAGUCAAUUUAUAAUAUAUAUACAUAUAUGUAAAAA